AUGACUACUAGAAGCAGUAAAACUGAUGACAAGUUGAAAGAAUUGCGAACGUUGUUCAGGAGCGAAGAUAUUGUUAAGCAAAUUGGUGGACCCGUUAAUGCUUAUCUGCUGCCAAACACCGAUGCUCAUCAGAGUGAGUAUAUUUGCAAACGUGACUCGCGCGUUCGUUUUCUUAGUGGAUUUUCUGGUUCCAAUGCGUUCGCGCUUAUAACUGAUCAGGAAGCACUGCUUUGGACUGAUGGUCGAUAUUUUAUACAGGCUGGCAAAGAAUUAGAACCUGGAUGGCAACUGAUGAAAGAAGGUGUUCCGACGGCCAUUUCAGUCACUGAUUGGAUGAUUCAGAAUUUAAGAAGAGGUAGUAGAGCAGUUUUCGACCCUCAGUUGUACAGGCAUGAUGAAGCUUUGCGAAUAAUGUCCACUUUAAAUAAGGUUGGAAUAACUGUAGUGCCUUUGAAAGGCAAUUUGGUUGAUUAUAUAUGGCACGACAGACCUCCAGAACAUUUUGGAAAGAUUCUCGUAUUAAAUACUGAAGAAUGCGGAUUGGAAAUGAGGGAAAAAAUUAAUAGAACAAGACGAGAGUUACAGUUGCGGGGCUGUAACAGCGCAAUUUUUACUGCGUUGGAUGAUAUCGCCUGGCUAUUGAACAUCCGUGGCUCAGAUAUACCGUAUAAUCCUGUAGUUUUCGCAGUAAUCUUCAUGGUUCCGAAUGAAGUACAUUUAUUUAUUGAUGAGCGCAAAUUAAACGAUGAAAUAAGAAAUCAUUUAAAAGGCAUUGAAAUUCAUGAUUAUAGCAGCGCAGCAAGCUGGAUUGAAAAUUGGUUAUAUAUCCAUAAAGGACUGUACAAAGUUUGUAUUCCAGAUUUGACGAACUUUGAAUUGGGAUCUCUAAUAGAAUUAAGGGAUGGUAUAUCAUUAGUUUCACCUAUUCAAACGAUGAAGGCUAUAAAAAAUGAAGCAGAAUUACAUGGGAUGCGUAAUUCAAGUCUUCGAGAUAGUGCUGCAAUAAUAGAAUAUUUUGUUUGGUUGGAAGAAGAGAUAGCUUGUGGAAAUGAAGUAACCGAGCGUGAAGCGAGUGAAAAAAUGGAUGAAUUUCGGAGCUUACAGCCUGGUUUUAUUGAUUUAAGCUUCGAAACAAUAGCCGCAGUAAAUGAGCAUGCCGCCUUACCACAUUAUCGGGGAACUUCAGAAACAAGUCGGAAAUUGUUAACGAAAUCAAGCAUAUUCUUGCUUGAUUCUGGUGGACAUUAUUGUGAUGGUACAACUGAUGUAACGCGAACAAUUGCGUUUUCUGAUAAUAAUGACUUGGAAUUUAAAAGAAUGUUUACUCUGGUUCUUAAAGGACAUAUUGCUAAUGCUAUGCUCAUUUUUCCGGAUGGAGUAAAUGGAAUACGAAUGGAUGCAAUAUCACGACAGUAUCUUUGGAGAGAUGGAUUAGAUUUUGCCCAUGGCGUAGGGCAUGGUGUCGGACAUUUUUUAAAUGUACAUGAAGGACCAGGUGGAAUUCACAAAGGCAAUGUGAUAACGAUUGAACCUGGGUUUUAUGUCGAAGAUAAAUGGGGUAUAAGAAUCGAGAAUUGCUAUGAGGUCGUCUCUGCAAACAAAACGUGUUCUAAUGGAAAAAACUUUUUGGCAUUUUCACCAUUAACUUUGGUACCUAUACAAAAAUCAUUGGUGGAUAUUUCUUUGCUGUCAUCUGAAGAAAUUGAGUGGUUGAACCAGUAUCAUGCUAUGUGUUUAAAGAAAGUUGGUCCUUAUCUCUUGUACACAAAAAAGAACAAAGAAUACGAGUGGCUAGUUAAAGCUUGUGCUUCUGUGUAA